GGGACCAUGGGGGACUUACUGCCUGCCAUUGUUAUCGAUAAUGGCUCAGGUCUGAUAAAGGCGGGUAUUUCUGGGGACAAGGAGCCCCGUUCUAUCUUCACCAACGUGAUUGGCAAACCCAGGCAGAAGGCGCUGAUCAUUGGGGCUGGCCAAAAGGAUUUCUACAUUGGUGAGGAGGCUCAGGCCAAGAGGGGGGUGCUGAGCAUUAAGUACCCAGUAGAGCAUGGCAUUGUUACCUCCUGGGAGGACAUGGAUAAGGUCUGGAGGUAUAUCUAUGACAAUGACCUGAAGAUCAAGGCAAAUGAGAGGCCAGCACUGCUGACUGAGGCGCCCCUCAACCCACUCGCCAACCGUGAGAAGAUGUGCCAGGUGCUGUUUGAGGUCUUUGAGCUGCCCGCCAUGUAUGUGGCCAUUCAGGCAGUACUAGCCCUGUACGCCUCAGGCAGGACCACGGGCUGUGUGAUGGACAGUGGUGAUGGAGUCAGCCACACGGUGCCCAUCUAUGAGGGUUAUUGCUUGCCACACGCUGUCCUGAGGUUGGAGCUGGGCGGCAGGGACCUGACUGAGUACCUGGUGAGGAUCCUGACCGAGAGUGGGGUCUCGUUUGUCAGCACAGCCGAGAAGGAGAUCGUCAGGGACAUCAAGGAGAAGCUCUGCUACGUGGCGGUGGAUGUACAGGCUGAGAUGUGCAAGAAGCCGGCCGAUGUGGAGAAAGACUACAAGCUGCCCGAUGGCCAGGUCAUCAAGAUCCAGAACCAGAGGUUCCGCUGUCCCGAGACCCUCUUCAUGCCAGCCAACAUUGGCAUCGAAGCACCUGGCAUUGACAAACUUUGCUUCAAUACCAUCAUGAAAUGUGACAUCGACCUCCGCAGAGACCUAUAUUCCAACGUAAUCCUAGCCGGAGGCUCCAGCCUCUUCCCGGGCAUGGAUGAGAGAAUGCUCAAGGAGAUGACCAAGAUGGUACCCACGGGCACCCCGGUCAAAGUCUGUGCUCCCGCCGACAGAAAGUACUCGGUGUGGAUGGGGGGCUCGAUCCUGUCGUCUCUGUCUGCCUUCCAGCAGAUGUGGGUGCUGGCCUCUGAGUACAAGGAAGUAGGGGCCAACAUCGUGCACAGGAAGUGCUUCUGA